CGGGGUGCUUUGCUCGAUCGAUCUCCACUCUCCAGCACGGGAUUUGGAGAUCGAUUUCAUUCAUUCAUUCAUUCAAUCAAAAUCUAAUAUAUAAUCCCCACCAAUAACACCUUACAUAAACAGGAGUAGUGAAUAAAAACACAGGAAACCAAACAAAAAACAAUGGCUUCCUACAAGGCCUUUGUUUGGGUGCUUUGCUUCAUCUUCUUCGUGGAACUUGUCAGCUCCCACUUCAUCUCCCCCGAAGCUAUGAAAGUGAAUAACAUCACCGAGCCACACAGCCGCAGCAUGCUCCAGAGGCGCAGGUACGGCCACCACAAGCACUGGCACCACGCCGCCGCCGUAGUGUCAGGCUGCAAGGUGAACUUCGACGCAGUAAACUACAUGCCCCUGCGCAGGCGUUGCAGGGCUCCGUACCGACCGGGAACCUGCUGCCCGGCUUUCAUGAGAGUGGCAUGCCGCUUUACCGAUGAAAUCAACGACCAGACAUCAAAUUGUGCCGGUGAGAUGUUUGGCCACAUCAACAGGUUCUACCCCAAAGGCUGGUUCUACCAGAACUGCGGAGAAGGACCCUUAGGCCUCAACUGCCUGCAGAUUUAGAUCAGCUCCCACCCUUCCUUGUUUCCCGUGUUCAAAUUCUAUAUGCACUACUCCUGUUAUAAUUAAAUAUAUUUCACAUUAUUAUUAAUAAUAAUAAUAUAAUUAUUCUUAAAAU